GCGCAUGCGCGUUGGCUGGAUUCCUAGCUGGCCGGGUUUCGCCAUUUUCUACACAAUAAAGAAAGUAACUAGCUUAAAUCGGUCUGGCGUUCUUUUAACCAAAAUAACAGGGCACAGGAGCCGUUGAGAGGUUACACGAAGACUUAGCACGACAUCCGAGAAUGGAAGACGACUGCCACCCAAAAACCCUUUACGUGGGGAACCUCUCUAGGGAUGUCACAGAGAACUUGAUACUCCAGUUGUUCACCCAGAUUGGCCCCUGUAAAAGUUGUAAAAUGAUAACAGAGCACACAAGCAAUGACCCAUAUUGCUUUGUGGAGUUCUUUGAACACAGGGAUGCCGCAGCUGCCCUAGCCGCAAUGAACGGAAGAAAGAUUCUUGGAAAGGAAGUCAAAGUAAAUUGGGCAACAACUCCAAGCAGUCAGAAGAAAGACACAUCCAAUCAUUUCCAUGUUUUUGUUGGAGAUUUGAGUCCUGAGAUCACCACUGACGAUAUCAGAGCUGCAUUUGCCCCCUUUGGGAAAAUUUCGGAUGCUCGUGUGGUGAAGGAUAUGACAACAGGGAAAUCAAAGGGGUAUGGAUUUGUGUCCUUCUAUAACAAACUGGAUGCGGAGAAUGCGAUAGUGCACAUGGGCGGUCAGUGGUUGGGUGGACGGCAAAUCCGGACCAACUGGGCCACUCGGAAGCCCCCAGCCCCUAAAAGCGUGCAAGACAGUAAGCAGAUCGCGCAUCUAGGCAGUUCAAAACAGCUGAGAUUUGAAGAUGUUGUGAACCAGUCAAGUCCCCAGAAUUGCACUGUAUAUUGUGGUGGCAUCCAGUCAGGUCUCUCGGAGCACCUUAUACGACAGACAUUUUCUCCUUUUGGCCAAAUAAUGGAAAUUAGAGUUUUCCCAGAGAAAGGCUACUCUUUUAUCAGGUUUUCCUCCCAUGAAAGUGCUGCCCAUGCCAUUGUAUCAGUAAAUGGAACUACCAUCGAAAGCCAUAUUGUUAAGUGCUACUGGGGCAAAGAGUCACCUGACAUGGCCAAAAGUGUCCAACCUGUAACUGAACAAGUGGAUUAUGGGCAGUGGGGCCAUUGGAAUCAGGUGUAUGGAAAUCCUCAGCAGUAUGGGCAGUACAUGACGACAAAUGGAUGGCAAUUACCAUCCUAUGGAAUGUAUGGACAGACAUGGAAUCAGCAAGGAUUUGGAGUGGAACAGUCGCAGUCUCCUGCCUGGAUGGGAGGAUUUGGGACUCAGCCCUCUCAGGCACAACCUGGUCCAGUGAUGAACCAGGCUAACUUCGGCAUGGCUGGAUACCAGACGCAGUGAAAUGGUCCACAACUUUCCAACAUCUGAGUCACUUUGUGGGAAGAUCUUUCUUCUCACUGGGAGGGAAUAAAGAGACUAAUACGAGUACAUUGACUUUUCCCCCCAGAAAACGUACAGAACUGACACAAAUCAGGGUUUGCUUAAAUAUAAAGAAGCAAAUUUUGAUUAGACAAAUGGGAUGAAUGCCUUCAGCAGGAAACUGAAUUUAUUUGCAUUUUUUUGUUGUUUGUUUGUUUUAAUGGAGUUGGAGAAAAUAAACUGCAUUUCCCCCCCACCCGUAUCAAAUACAUUUGCUUGAUGCCAAUUACAGGAAGUUCACAGGUACAUUGCAAAAAAGUUGUACGUUCUAUAGCCUGAUUCUUUUUAAGUGCUUUCCUUUUUCCUCUUCCAAAUAGCUGAUCAUGUGUUAGCUCAUCACAUUACGGACUUACUAAAAGAAAAAGAAAAAAACAAGCGUUCUGAUUCAGUAAACACAUGUAAGUAAAGGCACUUUUUGGAGGUCGUUGGACCUGUGUCUUGUAAAUGUUGAAGUGUAAAUGAAUUUCUAUGUGCAGUUGUGUAUAUUUAAUCCACACAUUAGCUCCUCAGUUCUCUCAGAAUCCUAGAGUUUGAUACAGUGUGUAUGAUGUUCUCUUUUUGCUAUGAUUUGCUGACACAGUGAAAUAUCUCUCAUUCAACAUGGAGAAAGGGUCACUAUGGCUGACAUUGUAAAUAAUCUUUGAUAACUGUAUGGAAUAUGGUUUUGGGAGUAUGCAUUCUUCAGUAGUGGAUUAAGCAGAUUUGACAUGCUGUGACUGACGUGCUGAAUUGAUUCAGUAUUACAAAUAAGCCUUAAUUUUCAGUCACGCUUCAACUUUCAAUUUAACGUUUUAAGACCCUUGUAGAAAGUUGUAUUGUUGAUUUUAGAGCCCACAGUACAUUUUGUCCAUUUGCAGUUUUGAAAAUAUGCGUGCCAUUUUUCUCUAGUAGCCAGAGAAAUGAGAUUUGGGUAUUUUUCUGGGAACUUUGUGCCUUUGAAAUGCAUGUUUCAAAGCACAUUGUUAAGGUUGCUUAAAGAAUCGAAUGUAAUAGGUAAAAUGUUUGAAUGCAAUUUAGCAUUUGAUAAUUUUCUUUUAAGUGUAAAUGAGUCAAUAAAUGAAACAUUGGACUAGACAUAA